UUGCAGCUCAUUCCUGUGUCAGCCGCCAUUAGGUGAAGAGUCGUUUUCUCGCUAAGCAAUAAGUGUGCACUAAAAUCUCUCUCUCUUCUUACCCCACUGAAGCGCCAUCAUCCGCGUUGUAAAAGGGAGAAUUUUGCGUUGCAUUCUCUAUCGCUAAAGCGAUUGCUCUCAAGUGUGCGUUUUCUUGCCAAGUGCAAAAGUGAAUUGAAUUGCGAAAGAGAGUCAAGAAAAAAAAACAUACGGGUAGAAAACAACAACAAGCAAGAAAAAAAAACAUUUCGAUUUCGUUCGCCGGGAAGCGGUGCCUCUUCCUCUCUAAUCCCGCCCGAGACCACUUGUCCUCCACCGCCCCAUGUGUGCGUGAGCACUCGAAAGCCGGCGUUUGCGGUACUGAAAAAACGGUGUGUUUGUGUGCGCGAGCCUGCGAAGCGAGUGUGUGUGUGCCUGUGCGAGAAGAAAGAAAAGUAGAAGCAAGUACAACGCACCGGUUCGAAGAACUAACUUUACCUUUUGUUUUGCAAGUUGCGCUUUUUGAGUUUUAUUGGUUUCCCCCUGGACGACGUGUGUGCUCGCUGCUGUUUCGAGCAGUUUCGGGAAAGUUCCUGCACUCUGUUUUACCCCCUGGGGGUGAGGAGGGAAAUUGGAGCGGAAAGAAAAAGAAGAACAUCCCAGUAGACCUAAAAAAACACACAUUCAACCGGCUGUGUAUGCGGGCGCACGCGUAAGCGAGACAGCAAGGGAUCGAGUGAGAACCUUUUCAUUUCAUCUCACUCCCAAUUUCGACUGCAACUGCGACCGGCACACUUGUAACGUGUGUUUCUCCAAAAAAGAGGCUAAAAUUUCGGUGUUUUUGUGUGCGUGUGUGUGGAGCCGGUUGCCACCGUUCUUACCCCGGUGGGUGUGAGCGUGAGCGAGACGCACACCAAAAAGGAAGGAACACAUCCAUCAACACAAAGGCGCACGAGCGAGAGAGGAAAAGACAGAGUGUGCGUGUAUUUAAUGGCUGACGGUGUGUAGUUUUUCUUUUUUUGCUGGUACCGGCAAACUAAUCGGGUUUCGGACACUGCUGCUGCUGCGAACAGAACACGAUUGUGUGUGUCGUACAUGUUGCGACGUGUUUCGCCGCGUACCGCUCGAUCGCUGCCGUAAGCAUCCCCAGCGAACGCGCGCACACACACACAGAGACAACAAACACAAAUAAUCCGAGCGUGUGGAACCCGGCGGCGCACACGCGCAACACGCUCUCCCAUCAGCGCAAGUGUGUUUUGUGGCCUCACAACACAUACGCUCCAUAUCCCACGAUCAACAAGCGCGAACAGGAGACGCAGCUGCUGCUGUGUGUUGUGUGUUGUGCAGUGUGUGUGUGUGUGUGUGGACACUCUUCGUAUCAACCGGCGUUUGCCAAACCACGCGCUCUCCUCUAUCAGCCGGCGACAUUUUGUGUUGUGAAGACACGGCCCAAAGCGGAACACGCGACAAACGCCACUGUGUGUGUGUGUGUGCGUUUAGCAGAAUAGGUGCUUGAGGCGGGUGUGUGUAGUGGUGAAGAAAAGGAAGAAAAACAACAGAGUAAUCAAAAACAGGGGACACGUGCGGUACAAUAAUGGAGCUCGACAGUGCGGCAGUGCUGGAGAACGGCGGCAAGCAGCUGCUGAACGGCGGCGGCGGCCCUGAGCUCCUCAGCAAUGGCGCCGGCGGCGAGGGUAGCAGCGGCCCCGGCUCCCCGGCCAGUGGUGGCGAAGCGGCGGCCGGGCAGGAAGGGACGGCCGUCGGCGGCGGCGAGCUGAUGAAGAAGCCGGCCGGCCCGCUCACCAAGCGCGUCCGCAAGCUGUCCCGCUCGAACAGCAAGGACGGCGUGCUGGGGGUGGCCGGCACGCCCAACUUCGUCGCACCGCACCGGAAGUGGAAGAACAGCCGCCGGUCGCGGAACGGGUACGGGCGCGGCCUGCCCAAGAAGGGGGGCGCGGGCGGCAAGGGCGUGUGGGGCAAGCCGGGAUCGGAGGAGGUGUACGACGAGCUGGACGAGGACCCGAACGAUCCGAACUUCGACAUCGACGCGUACAACAGCUCGCACAACGUGGAGCUGAAGGAGAUCGUGCCGCAGCCGACCGAGGCCGAGGUGGCCAAAAAGCUCGAGACGAUCAUACUGGAGUACUUCGAGCACGGGGAUACGCGCGAGGUGGCGGACGCGCUGGACGAGCUGCUGCCGCCCGGCCUGAAGCCGCUGGUGACGAAAACGUUCGUGUCGGUUGCGCUCGAGCACAAGCAGUCGCAGCGCGAGCUGACCUCGGUGCUGAUGUCUGACCUGUACGGGCGCAUCGUGACGCGCGAGGACAUUUGCGCAGGGUUCGAUCUGCUGCUGGCCAACCUGGCCGACAUCAUGCUGGACACGCCGGACGCGCCCCAUCUGCUCGGCAACUUCAUUGCGCGGGCCGUCGCGGACGACUGCAUUCCGCCCAAGUACGCGUACCAGUCGGAGCGGGAGGACCUGGACCGGCACGGGCAGGCGGCGCUCGUGCGCGCCACCACGCUGCUCUCGAUGCACGACGGCUGGGGCCAGCUCGACAACGUCUGGGGGGUCGGUGGUGCCCUCCGGCCGGUGCAGACGAUCACGCAGCAGAUGUCCUACCUGCUGCAGGAGUACCUGCUCUCACGCGAUCUCAGCGAAGCCCAGCGCUCCAUCAAGGAGCUCGAGGUGCCGCACUUCCACCACGAACUGAUUUACGAGGCAAUCAUAAUGACGCUGGAGGCGUUCAACGAGUCCACCGAGAUGGCCAUUUGCGAGCUGUUCCGCACGCUCGACAGUACCUGCAUCGUGACGCCGGAGCAGAUGGAGCAAGGGUUCCGGCGCGUCUACGAGGACAUGACCGACAUCGUGCUGGACAUCCCGCUCGCCUACUCGAUCCUGGACCGCUUCAUCCAGCGCUGCCAGCGCGCCGGCUCGUUCAUGAGCGAGGCCCUCAUCAAGGAUAUUCCCACCCGUGGUCGCAAGCGUUUCGUCUCGGAGGGUGACGGUGGCCUGAUCAAGCAGGUCAAUUUCCAGCGCGACUUGUAAAAUGUGGGUGUGUUUGUGUGUUUCCCUCCAAAUCUCUCGCUGCGCAUCACCCAAACUUCUUGGCGGCGGCGCCCCCCACCCCCACAUAUUGCAACCACCACUCAUUGAGGAAAACAAAUUAAGAUGUCAAGGAACUAGGAGCUGAAAGGAAAAGGAUACGGAGAGAGAGAGAAAGAAGAGAAUAGUGGCCCCGCGAAUGAAAGCAAAUGGCAGCGUGUGGUGUGUGAGAUGUAGGAUGCGUGUUUUUUGGGCUAAAUUUGUUGCGAAAAAGCAGAAGGAUCACGGAAAUGAGGUGAAAGUUACAACCGCUACACACACACACAGAUAUAUGGGGAAGCGCAGAGGAAGAGCGCGACUGAAAGAGAGAAAGAAAUUCAUUCAUACUCUUUAUAUACAAAAACAAAACAAAAAUCUAUUACCUGUGUAUCACGCUAUAAGCAGCAAGAAGAUGAAAAACAUUAACUUCUUUUCCUAACAUCUCCCAUCGUGAUGUCCCCUACGAUUCCUCCAUUUAUCUACCUACUUACAUAUAUACUAAUAUGCGUGUGUGUACAGCAGCAGGGAUAUAUGUAUUAUUGUUGCUGCUCCGCCCCGGACAUAACACACACUCACACUGUCUGUGGGAGCAACAGGAGCGGCAGCACCACCAGAAUCAGGGCGAAUCAAUUAAAGCCUUAUUAAAACAAAACAAAAAACAUAACACUAAACAUAACCGUGAAUCGAAAUAUGCGCGAAAUCUGUGUGUGCGACGAGAGAUUGCCCUUUUCGCUUCGUUUUUGGUUGGUUUUUUUUCUUCCUUUUUUCUAUUGCACUAAUUAAUUGGGAAAAGAAUAUUUUUGGUUUUAUUUUUUAUUUUUACUGUACUAGAAUAUUCACAUCAUGAAAAAGGAAUCGUGGGCGCGCAAUUAGUUUUGUGUAUGCAGAGAAGAAGAGUCGCUAAGGUUACGGAUUUAACACAAAGCUUAAAAGGACGCAAAUAUUUCACGGCAAACACUCGCACGGCAGAAUGCAUAAAUGCAUAUAUAAUACAUAAAUUACGCGAGGCGAAAUGAACUGAACUCCCCCAUCAAUGAUGAAUCCAUCUUCAUCCCCUUACUCUUCGCCCCAUUUCGACCAUCCCAACGUAACAGUCCUGUUUCCACACUGAAAACUGCUUUUUAGAUACAGGAAAGAUCGAUAGAGAGAGAGAGAGAUAAAGCAAGAUAGAGAGAUGCGAAGAAAUGAAAAGGAAACGCAUGUGUAUCGACCACUAACGAAAAUCAUUGGCAUUUCUCCUUGUUAGAUUAAGUUUGUUUUAAAGCGCCUUUACAAAGAGAGAGAAAAAAUGAUAAAUGGAGAGACAAUGAGAGAAGGAGAAUUCAUUUAGCCCAGGGUACGAGAGCAAAAUCGUGCACUGUUCAUUUAGUUUUUUUUUUCAUUUUUUAUUACAAGAAACUUAGUCAUGUGUUCCUUUUGUGAAGAGAAGCAAGCUUAAACGGCGCGUUCGUUGAUCAUUGUUUGUGAUGGAUGUAUGGAUGCUCAGGAGACGAGGAGAAGCAAAAACACACGCAAGACGGGGCGUUGUGUGAAGAAUUCAAAACAAUCCUCUCACUCGGUCUCUUUCUCCCCACUUUCUGCUGCAACAUUACAAUUGCAAUCGUUAGGAGCAGCAGGAGAAAAGAGAGAUUAGGGCUUGCGAUUAGCCUUUUGCUUUUGACUACUUUUCCCUUCCGUUUUUUUAUUUUGUAUAUUUUUUAAAAAAGAAAAGCGCGCGCCAUAUUUUUGUUUUUAAAGCGUAAUUCUUAUCCAGUGAAAUUUUAUACUUUUCUCUUCCCGUUUUUUUUGCACAUUUAAUACUUGAAAAUCAUGAUUUCAUAUCCAGUGUUUGCCUUUCUUGAUUCUCCCGCUUUGGUUCAUUGAUUAAGAAGCGUUCUAGAGGGGAGAAAAAAAAAACAAGAAGCAUAUGUAGACCACCACCAAUCGUGCUGUAGUGGAUUUGGAUAGCGCGUAGAUGAAAUGCGAGUUAUUACUAAUAUCGGCUUUGUUGUGAAGAAAUCGGCUAAAAAUAAAUGGCAAUAGCACUUCAACACUACGAAAAACGGCGCUUUGGAAAGAUUCGGAAGUUGGUUAACGCGUGUGUGCUGACUUCACUUCUACUUAAUUAUGUCGUGUGUCAAUCCUAGCUGGUAGGAUAAAGGGAACCAAACACACCACUCAACACACUCUCUUAGACAUUGUGGAACGUUUCCUAACGCUUAGCGCAACCUAUCAAUAAAAGCUUAAGUUGCAGUUAAACCAAAAUUCUGACACACCGCGAAAAAACAACCCAAAAGAGAUGGAAAGGAUUACGUAGAGUAGUGUGGUUGGAGGAAGGUGGUGUAAAAGUUGAUGGACUUGAAGAAGCGAGCGAGCAGAUUGAUCACCCCUUUCAAUGGUUACGUUUUGGAGGUUAAAUGGUGCAGGCCAUACUGGCGUGUUUCGGUCAUUAAAAUACCAAAUUCAAAUCGGUUUUUAUUGUAUGCCAUUUAUGGAGUCCAGUCUCCCGACUCUCUUCCCUUUCGCCAAGCGUCCACACUCACAUUUCAUCGUUCGUUUGGAUAGCGGCAGCCGCAUGAUGGCGCAAAGCAUAAUCUCUUGCAUGGGAUAAACAAAACGAGAAUUAGAGAGAGAGAGAUAAAGAAAGAGAGGAAGAAAACGAGCAUCGCAUAUUACUACUAAAACAUUAUACAAAAACAGAAAAAAAAACAAACGUAUGUACCACACUAUUAAAACAUGAUAUGAAAG